AUGUUUAAUUUUUUAAGAAAAACUUUGAUAGGCGAUAGUUCAUCGAGAAAUCGAGAUAACGAUCUCGGUAGUUUCGGGCAACGGUACGAUGCCGAAAGCUAUACGCGGGCGGAUGAAGACCCACCCGUUUCUAAUUUUGUUUUUAAUAACUUAAAAGAAAUAAUGGACAUGGAAAACAAUAUGUACGAAGAACUGUCACAAUACGGACGCACACAUCGACGAGAUAGUUCCGAAAACGUUAUCGAGCCGUAUAACAAUAAUAUAUUAUAUAAAGACGGUUCGGAAAACACGAUCUGUUCAAACUCUUCGUCUUUUAUAUAUCAAAAACGCGCUAUCGUAACUCCUCAAAAACACGUGAUCGGCACAACGACUCUCACCGCCAACACCACCGAUUCUACUACCGACGUCAAAAAUGCGACGGAUUCGAAAUCUUUUAGACCGCGGCAAUAUCCGGAAACGCUACCGGUCAUGGAGUUUAAACCCGUGGAUCGUAAUGAAUGCGAGCUAAACGUCCGACAUUGGCUGCGGUUUAUAUUCGGGACGGCUCGAUCGUUUAACGAUAUAAAAAAAUUUAUGACCUCGACCGUCAACGGCCCGGUUACUAUGAACGAAUAUAAAUAUUUGACGAUGAUCGACCGGGUCUUGAAUCACGGUACGCGUUUCGGUUUGUGUAUUUACGACGUACCGUCAGUAAACCGAAAAAUAGAACGUCGGGUGUGGUUCGACAUAAGUGAUUUUAAAAUUAUUGUUAUGUCUACUGCGUACGGGCGAGACGAACGUAGACCGGCGCCAGACGGACACGGGUGUGGCGGCGCCAUCGAGGAUAUCGAAUCGGUUUUGGAAUCCGACGCGUUUUUACGGACAUGCGAUACGAUAGUGGACACAUUUUCUACGACCCUCGCGUGCGGUAAAUCGUCGGUAAUUCCAGAUUUGAUUUUUAGAUAUAAAACUAGUGUCUCGGGAUCCGACGGUUUCGAUAACUGUAGACCCGUUGCGGACGACGGCGGUGGCGGUGACGAUUAUUUAUCUGGUUCCAUGAUUAUACGCAUAUAUAUGAAAACCGUCUCGGCGACAUGUGUCCCGGAGUCGGACGUUUUGUUGUCGCCGGACGCCGACGGGGAAAUAAAAUAUUUGAGAGCGCGUGUUGUUAAAAAUUUUGUAGACAUCGACAAAGAAAUGCGUUUGGACCUGUUGCGCGUAUCGUUAUUGUUACAUUUGUCGGCCAUAAGAAUAAAAAACCGAAUAGUCACGUGUGAAACAGAAAACAAAAAUCUUAAUUAUAAACAAUAUAUAUAUAUACUAUAA